CGGAAAUCGCCUGGUUUUCUGUAGUUAACUUAACUCUGGUGUCUCGGCUGUCGCUGCAAAGGACACAAUGCUUUUUCAGAGCGAGGAUCCCUCGGUGUGCACGGUGUGUCUGAGCUGAAAACAGAUGCGGGAGCUCGGCCGGAGGACACAGAUGUCGAACAAACAGGGGAGAUUGUGUCCGAGAUAAUAGCAGACGUCCCCGCCGGACCAUGGGACUGACGGAGCUGCUGCUCGGACUGCUGUGGUUCCGCUCUGCUCUGCUCUGUGCAGCAGGCUGCAGCGAGCGGGUGGAGGUCCAUACAGAGCGGAGGGGUGUGAUCUACAGCCCCUUCUGGCCUUUAAACUACCCAGCUGGAGUCAACUGCAGCUGGCAUAUCCAGGGAGGUCAGGGAGAGGUCAUUACCAUCAGUUUCCGUAACUUUGACUUGGCGGAGUCGGGAAAUUGUUUGGGAGAUUGGCUCCUGCUGUCUCCUACGUGGAAUGGGGAAUCCAGGCUGUGCGGCUCCGUGCUGCCUCCACCCGUCAUCUCCACCAGGGGGCGUGUUUGGCUUUUCUUCCACUCUCAGGCCAACAGCUCUGGGCAAGCCCAGGGCUUCCGCCUCUCUUACAUCAGAGGUCACCUGGGCCAGAGCAGCUGUCAGUCAGAUGAGUUCUUGUGUGGCAAUGGGAAGUGUCUCCCUCGCUCCUGGAAGUGCAAUGGUCAGGACGAAUGCGGCGAUGCCACUGAUGAGCGUAGCUGCUCCCCCCCUCCCACUGAGGCCCAGUCCGGCCUCUGCCCCUUUGGCUCCCUGUCGUGCACCGAGGUCCAGUCCACCCGCUGCUUGCCUGCCACCCUGCGCUGCAACGGAGCCCGGGACUGCCCUGACGGUACAGACGAGCUGGGUUGCCCCGACACCACCUGCGGCAAACGUCUGGGGAACUUCUACGGCUCCUUUGCUUCCCCAGAUUUUUUCCGGGCUAAUCGCAGCGCAGUAACAGAGCUGAGGUGUUCCUGGCUGCUGGACACCCAGGACCCCAAACCCAUCGUGCUGCAGCUGGACCUGCAGCUCGGGCCCGGAGACUCACUGCAUGUUUACGAUGGUUUGCUGCAGCAGGCGGAGCAUCUUUUACAGGUGCUGUCGUAUCAUAACAACCGGCGCCUGGCUCUGCUGGAGUCGAGCCGAGGACAGAUGAGUGUGUUGUACAUGGCCCAGCCUCACAGCCCUGGACAUGGCUUCAACGCCACUUACCAGGUCAAAGGUUACUGUUUUCCUGGCGAGCAUCCCUGUGGCGGCGAUCAGGGCUGCUACUCUGAACGCCAGCGCUGCGACGGCUACUGGCACUGCCCAUCCGGCCGUGACGAGGAGGCCUGCCCGACGUGCCCAGACGGUGAGUUUCCAUGCGAGGGCGGCACCGGCGUGUGCUACCCGGCCUCGGAGCGCUGCAACAACCAGAAGAGGUGCCCGGAUGGGUCAGAUGAGAAGAACUGCUACGACUGCCAACCCGGAAACUUCCACUGUGGGACUAACCUGUGCAUCUUUGAGACGUGGCGAUGCGACGGUCAGGAAGACUGCUUAGAUGGGAGCGACGAGAGAGACUGCCUGGCUGCAGUGCCCAGGAAAGUCAUUACCGCCGCCCUGAUCGGAAGCCUGGUCUGUAGUCUGCUGCUGGUCAUUGCCCUCGGCUGUGCCCUCAAACUGCACUCACUCAGGAGCAGAGAGUACAGAGCUUUUGAGACUCAGAUGACUCGCAUGGAGGCAGAGUUUGUUCAGAGAGAGGCUCCCCCCUCCUAUGGUCAGCUGAUCGCCCAAGGUCUCAUCCCUCCAGUGGAGGAUUUCCCAGUAUACAGCCCCACCCAGGCCUCCAUGUUACAGAACCUGCGGCUGGCGAUGCGCAGACAGAUCAGACGUCACUCGACGCGGCGCUCCACCUCCUCCUCCUCUCGACGGCGUCUCGGCCAUCUGUGGAGUCGCCUGUUCCACGGGGGAGGGAGAGCCAGGGGUCACGCCCCACUGCUGGAUCCCCCUGGAUCCACGCAGAUCACGCUGGGGCUCCACAGCUACCGAACUGUGGGGGAGCAGGGGCCACAGGCCAGGGCCAGGGAUCAGCUUGGGGAUGAGGCUGAUGUAGUGGGUUUGCCAGACUCCUGCUGCUCAGCCACAGUGGACCUGCAGCCCUGCACGCCAGAGAGCCCCGCCUCACCUCUCUCCUUGCAGUCAGUGGACAGCCCAGAAGACGAGGAACCAUCCCCUGUCAGCAGGGAAGGCACCAGGGUUCCACAGUUUGAGCAUCCCACUGCUAGUCAGAGUGACUCUUCAGCCCACAGCAGACUUCCUCCCACCCCUCAGGAAGCCUCUGUACCCCAAUGCCACCCCCGUGCAUCUAGGAAACUGGUUUUGGAGCUUGCAGUUAACCUUAAAGGCGUGUCCUUGAGACGUUACUCCCCUCUAGGACCCUUGUCCCCUAUCUCACCCCCUGUGUUUCCCAGUGGCUCCCCAACACCAAUAGCCCAGUCUCGCCCACAGGGCCCAGAGGUGACUUCGCCCGCUGAGCCCUUGUCUUCUUCUGUGAAAGCAGAGGAUAGUGACCUCCACUUUACCGUGGAUGUCCCGGGAAGCAGGGACAGAAGAAGCAGGGACGAGAGGAGGAGGGAGGGCAAGAGCAGGCUCUGCAGGUUCGACAGGACCCUUAGUGAUGAGGGAGGAGAUUCAGGGAGGGAGACGACGCCAUCCUGAAAGGUUUAGGUAGAUACUCUCCAUCAUCUCGCUCUGUUGAGACCUGGUGUUGACGAAAUCUGCACUGCAAAAGUGUCCUUGAAGUAUGUUCCCACCAGAUCCAGAGGUCAUACCCGUACCUGUAGCCCCCCACAUGGAGGAGGUAUAGUAUCAAUUAAAAUAAAAUAAAUGUAAUUAUCUCCUGCCCAUUCAGCCCCUUGAAUGCUUUAACAUCUGCAUAUGCACAAAAUUAUGCACAUGCAGUCUUUAACUAAGAUAAAUAAAAACCAGCAUUGGUAGAGCUUAUGGCCUGCAUCAUGAAUCUUUUUGUGCAGGGCUCAUACUGAUUAAAAGCAAACAGACUUCCCUGUUUAACCUGUUUGAAUAUAAACUUAUCAUGAGCCCAUACCAGAAAAUCACACUCAAUUCUGGCCACCAACACCAAUACAAUAUUGGCAACAUGUUUGCCAAAGCAGCCUUCGUGUCGUUACCCAGAGCCAUUACACACCGCUAUAUACUGUGAACCGUAAAAGCCUGUUGAGUGAUCACAUGAAUUUAUCAGAUUAAUGAUCCUCUUCUCUGUCUUAUUUCCACUUUAUUGUGUGAGGUAGUGUUGCAGUUGUUAUUGUGUGAUAUUUCCAGACAGUCAUGAUUGGCUGCUGGCAAUAUUUAAUAUUUUUGUUAUUGUCAACAAAUUGUAUGAAAAGGCCAAAGCCAAUGAUGAGUUUGUCCAUUUGUCUAUAUUUUUCAACUUCACCUGUCUGUGCAUAUACUUGCUUUUUUUCUUACAAAGGCAAAUCAUUUUCUAAAACAACAGGGCAGUGUAGUUUUCAAGAAACAUAACUCAAACAGGAGUAAAUAGAGCAUUUGUUGGGGACUAUUUUUAGCCGUGGAUUAAUACACAUUUGGUGCACUAAUGAGUGUUUGUGGCAGCAGGAUGGUGCAUGUGGCAUUGAGUCAAAAUUAAUGACAGUUUAUAAUAGUGGGAGUGUUAGUGGUGGCUCAUUGGUGUGUUAAUAGUUUUAUUACUAAAAUGGAGUUCUGUGGCAGAGAGGAUAAGCUAUAUCAGUACUUUAAACAGUACUUGUUAGAAGGAAUAAUACAUUGUUGGUUUUGGUAUUUCCAUUGGGAUUUGUUGACAAUAAGAAAAAGAUUGAAUAUCACCAGACCUACCUUCUAAACACAACUUCGAACCACUCAAAGACAAAAGUUUGUCAUUAUGGGAAAUAUUCCUAUUUGCUCUCUGGCGCAGAGUUAAAGGAGAAGACUGCCAGCUCUACCCUGUAUCUGUAAAGAAUAUAUAAGGCACCUUGCUUGGGUUAGGUCAAAGACUGAAAACAGGGUCAAACAGUUGGGCUGGCUCUGUCUGAAGAUAGCUAGUGAGCCUCAAAGGCGCAGGUAGGUACAUUUUGUUCCCUUAAGAGAGAGCCAGGGUAGCUGCAUCCCUGUUACUGUAUGCUGUGCCAAGCUAACAGGCUGUUGGCUGUAGCCUGAUUUUUAACAAUAUGAGAUACGAGAGCGGUGCUCAUCAUCUCAUCUAACUCCGAGGGGAAAAAAAAAAAUCAAAUCCAAAUCGGCAUAGUUUCCAUAAAUGUCAAACUAUUCCUUUAACUCCUGUGCAGUGUCUCUGAAUCAUGCAGCAGUUCAAUCAUGCUGAACAUUUGUCAGUAUUUAUUCAACAUAUAUGUUUCCAGUGCUGAUCUUCUUCAGUGGUACUUUGACCCCUUUUAACAAACACGAAGAGCUUUUUCGUCAUGUUUUGGAAGUGAUAUCAAUUUGGUCAAUGUUUUCCUCUUGAUACAUCAUCCAAUGUAAAAAGCCAAUCUUAGAUGGAAACUGAGAUUGUGAGUCCAAGUGUAGUGAAGUCUGUAACUCUGCUCAGCUCGUCCUCCUGAAAUCAAACCCAACCUGUCCUCUCCAGCCUUUCGUCACUUGUGUCUGCUCUGGUUUUGACUCAGUGCAGUGAAGGAUUUAUGUGCAUAUCCAGGAAAUGUCGUGAAGAGCGGCCUCACUUCAGAACACUGAUCUAUAGAGUCCCUUUCAUCCCAGUGGUAUCUCCGCAGUACUGCUGACUGUGCACUGGCCACUGCAGACGUCCAGACUGCUGGUUCAUUUCAAUGGAAAAUCAUACCUAUGCUGUGGAAUUUUCUAUGACAGAACGUUAAAGCAAAGACCUCUAUUUUUCAGUCUUCAGUGGAGACCUAUAGUAGUUCUACUUUAUACUGUGUUUCUCUUUCUGCCUUGACAAACAUUGAACUUGAUCAAACCUGGUCACCUUGAGUGUGUAAGGCUUUUUGUAAAGCUUGUCUCUCCGAGGUACGACACUGGUAACCUUUUGCUAAUCACUGUUGGACUUAAAGAAUGUACCCGUUUCCUUUUUUUUUAACUGCAGGAUAUCAACGCCGAACAGAAAAGUCAGAUAGCCAGUGUAGGCAGAGAGAGUAUAAGAAAUGACUAGAAGCCAAAUUCUGGUGGAUUUUUAGCUGCAGUGUCAGGUUUUGGUACUAAAUACACUGUCUUGACUGCUGUUUUUCCUUUAAGUGAGCUGAACGUGCCAUUCUACCCUCAUGUGCUUCCUUCUUAUAGAAGUUUUGUCAUAAAUAGCUGCUACAUGUUACGUGCCAUUAGAGAUGUCUCCAUACCCCUUCCUAAGCAAUUCCUCCCUAAGGACCUGUCCUGAUUCAUUUUCCUUCCUUUGAGAUGUUGAGAAACCUAAAUCAUCCUAUUCAUUCCUAGUUUUACACCUUGUGCUCUUUUUUUUGAUAGUACAUUGAUGAAAGAUGAAAUAGUUCGCUGCUGACGGAAAAAGAAAAAGAAAUUAUACAUCUGCAUAGAGUAUGUCCUUGUUAUAAAUGCCUUAAUGAUUUUUCCUUGCCAUUGUAAUGAUCAUGGACAUUUUCAUGAGUCACAGCUGUGGUUUACAUGUUUGAAGAGAUUAGAUUUGACCGUAUAUCUGAACAUAUAUUUAUGAUAUGACAUGUAAUUGGUACAAGUGACUGCUAUGGAGUUACAGUGCACUACUGCAUCAGGAAACUUGUCUCUGGGAUUAUUAUGGCAGGGGAGUUAGGGAAAAGGAAAUGUGUCUCUCAGUGACCUUAACUCAGUGUAUUUCCAUGUUUAUUUAAGUGAUAAUCUGAGAUUCUUGUUUAUUCUUAUUAUUUUAAUGACGGUCUUCAAUAAUCUAGUCUAGUGUGGAUUGUAGCCAACAUAUUGUAGAAGAUGAUUUAGUAGCGGUUUUUAAAAUGUGUUGUAUGUAAUGAGCGCUGACGGGGUGAACAAGUUUACACACAGGCAAAUACACUGGAUCGAGACCAUUGGACAGUGUCGUGCUACUGAACCAGGUUGUCUGAUAGUGACAUCCCCUCUCCUUGCUGUCUGAUUUUGAAGCUUCUUUCCCCGUCAAAGGCUGAAGUCGACAUAUACUUUGUUUGUAUAAAGGCAUUUCUCUCAUUUUGAGAUCUAUAUUUGUAUAUUUUGUGCCGAAAGAGAGAUGUCACCAUGACAUUGUGGGGUUUGCUGAUCAAAACCCUGUAAUGCUACAUAACAGCUUUCUGUUUAUUAGUCAUUGUUUUCCUGUGCCUGCAAUUAAUAAACUUCAAGCUGGUGAUCGUU